GUACGGUGACAAAUAUGCCAAUUCCAGCAACAUGGCGUUCACGUUGUGGACACUCUUCGAAGCAACUCUGUUGUGUUUGAAUGCGAUCUGCGUUUUGAACGAGGAAAGAUUUCUUGCCAAAGUCGGUUGGGCGUCAUGGCAAAAUGUACAGGGGUUCGGGGAACCUCCAACAGCCAAGUCGCAAAUCUUGAACCUUAUUAAGUCUAUACGAACUGUGAUGAGGGUUCCUCUGAUAUUCUUUAAUAUCUUGACGCUGAUGGUGAAGCUAGUGCUCGGCUGACAGGAAAGAAAUAUACGAAAGUAUGAGUGGAAUAUGCUGUGUGCAAGUCGAAGUUGUUGAAAAUGAUGUAUGUACGAAGACACCUAUUAAAUUAUGUUAUUUUUACCUUUACAACCAGUUUUUAUCUCACGCAUAAUUGGUUUUUUGUACGUCAGACCGCAAGAAUGGAUUUAUGAGUGGAUUUCUGUAUAAAACGAGCAAUGUAUAUUAUAGAUAUGUAUCUUUUU